UGUACACUUCCUCUUUGGUUCUCUUUUGACAAACUGUAGACUUAGAAAUGGGCCAGAGUGUAGGUGAGAAGAAAAUAGGAGGCUCUAAGGAGGAUGGAUGAGUAGCAGGCAAUUGAAGAUGGCAAAUUCUAGUGAAAGACAGAUUAUAUUCUUGAAUACAUAGGAAUUUUAUUCUUGCAUGUGUAGUUCAAUAUACACUGAUUUACACUUUUGAUCCUACAACGUAGGAAGUGAUGGGAUGCUAUACACCGUAUGGCGAUGAAUCAAAUGACAUGGAAUAAGGUGACUGGUUGCAUCCAGGCCUCUGUGCACAUUUUAGGCUUCAUCAAAGGAGACACAAGUGUCACAGGGGUAGUUGAAGCAGGGGUACAAUGAGUUCUCAUCUCAUUGUACAGAUGAGAACACAGGGCUCAGAUGGUCUUAAAACCUUCUUAGUUCGUAUCUCCCUUUGUGUCUGAGUAACUUUUUCAUGGUGCUUCUUGGCCAAAAGAAAUAUCUAACCAUUCCAUUUAUAAAGAAUUAGGUCCCACAGCUUAAGUAUUUAUGCCCUAAUAACUAACUGUUUGAGAAAACACACAUACAUUGAGAGAAAGCACUUUUAUUUUUAUUUCAUUUUUAACACUCUUACUUAUAGGUCAUAUAUGUGUUGGACACUAUGCAGCUUCUCAUGCCUUGAAAUAAUAUUGGGCACCACUACCCUCAUUUUCUGUUUCACAUUUAUUUUCAUACAGUACUUGCUUUUUAUCGUGAUUGUGGGAAAUCCAGCCUCACAGAAAUACGUAAUCAUUGAAAGGAUUGUAGUGCAAUCUUAGGUUGAAAGGAUGAACUACCUCACUGAUAGUUCAUGGGGUAUCUGACAGAUGUUGAGUUUCACUCUGUUUACUAUCUUUAAAACUUUAAAUAUCCUGAGGCACCCCUUUGAGGUCACUGUGGUGCCCAGGCCAUCUUGGCACACAGUUUGGGAACCACCAGUUUUAAGUGAUUUGCCCAGGAAGAUACUGGUAGGAAGAGGCAGAACCAGAAUUUAAAUUUUAAUAUUCUGACUCCGAGUCUUGCUCUUAUACCAUUUUUAAGGCCCUUCCUAUAAGAUUGUGUUCCUCUUGCCACAGGAAAUUUUCAUUUGAACUCAGGGUCCAGCAAGGAAAAUAUGACCCACUCAGAGUCUUUAAAUUAGAGGAAAUUUAUUCUUACACCAUAAACAAAAAUAAACUCAAAAUGGAUUAAAGACCUACCUGUGAAACCAUAAGAUUCCUAGAAGAAAAUAGGUAGUAAUUUCUUUGACAUCAGCUGUAGAAAUAUUUUACAAGAUAUGUAUCCUCUGGCAAGGAAAACAAAAACAAAAUUAAACUAUUGAUUCUACAUCAAAAUAAAUAGCUUUUGCCCAGCAAAAGAAACCAUCGUCAGAACAAAAGGGCAACCAAUUGAAUGGGAGAAGAUAUCUGCAGAUGAUAUAUCCAAUAAAGGGUUAAUAUCCAAAAUAUGUAAACGAUUUAUACAACUCAACACCAAAAAAAGAAAUUACCCAAUUAAAAAUGAGCAGAGGACCUGAAUAGACAUUUUUCCAAAGAAGAUAUACAAAUGGCAAACAGACACAUGAAAAGAUCCUCAACAUCACUCAUCACCAGGGAAACACAAAUUAAAACCACAUUGAGACAACCACUUUACGGCUGUCAGAAUGGCUAAAGUCAAAAACACAACAAAUGACACGUGUUGGAGAAGAUGUGGAGAAAAAGGAACUCACGUGCACCGUUGGUGGGAAUGCAAACUGGUGCAGCCACUGAGGAAAACAGGAUGGAGUUUCCUCAAAAUAAAAAUAGAAUUACCUUAUGAUCCAGUAAUUCCACUACUUGGUAUUUACACAAAGAAAACAAAAACAUUACUUUGAAAAGACAUAUGCAUCCCUAUGUUUAUUGCAGCAUUAUUUAUAAUAGCCAAGAUAUGGAAGCAACUCAGCCAAGAUGGAUGAAGAAGAUGUGUGUGUGUGCACAUAUAUAUGUAUAUAAUGGGAUAUUACCCAUGUAAAACGUGAACUUUUAGAGCACCUGGGUGGCUCAGUCUGUUAAGCGUCCAACUUCGGCUCAGGUCUCGAUCUCAAUGUUCAUGAGUUCAAGCCCUGUGUUCGUAAGUUCAAGCCCUGUGUUGGGCUCUGUGCUGACAGCUCAGAACCUGAGCCUGAUUCAGAUUCUGUGUCUCCCUCUCUCUCUGCCCCUCCCCUGCGUGCAUAUACUCUCUCUCUUUCAAAAAUAAACAAACAAAAAAAGAUGAACUCUUGCCAUUUGCGACAACAUGGAUGGACUUAUAGGGUAUAGUCCUAAGUGAAAGAGAAAGACAAAUACCAUGAUUUUGCUCUUAUGUGGAAUUUAAAAAACAAAGCAAAGAAAAAAGGAGAAAAAUAAACAACAAACCCAGACUCUUAAAUACAGAGAACAAACUGGUGGUUGCCAGAGGGGAGGUGGGUGGGGGGAUGGGUGAAAUAUCAAUUAAUCAAUCAGGAAAUUUAAUAUAGGGAAUUACACUGGUGACAUAAGUGCUGAGAAGCCCAGGGGACAGUGAAGCAACCCAGAUAUAAACAGCAAUGGGAAGCCAGGGCCACUCCUAUGGCUGCAGGAACAAUGGGGAAGGCAGUGUUACCGGGAUCCUGAAGCUAAGUUUGCUUGGUGGAAGCUAGACCCAUCAUGGAGAUGCAGCCACUACCACAGAUGGCUCAGGAAGGAGAUAUGGAGGGAGGGAAAUACCAGGAUCUUCUCUCCUGGCCCCAGUCUUCCCACCAAUGCCUUUCAUUGGCCAAAUCUACCUAGAAGCAAGGGAACCUGGGAAGUGUAGUGUCUUAUGAUACAGAGCCUGUGAGGAGGAACAGGGAAUGGACCUGAGCAAACAGGCUGUUGACUGGUUCUACAGAAUUUCGUGUAUGCACAUUAUUCACUCAGUAAUUCCUUUAGCAAAUAUUUGUUGAGGACCUACUAGGUGCCAGGUAUCAUGCUACACCUGGGGAUUACCAUGACAGAAAUGGACCUGAUCACUGCUCUUAAAGGGAUCAAAGACUAACAGAAGAAAUAGAAUAAACACAGAAUUAUCUAGUUGGAAAAUGUAUUAAAUGCAAUGAAGGGAAAUAUCACAGUGCUGAGACAGGCUAGAGAUUGGAGAAAGAGUGCAGCCUCUCACGGCUGUAAGUCUAGUUAGCUGAUUCUUGAGGUGUGUGUGCAGAAACUUGUGUUCAGGAAAAUACAGAAUAUUUAUAUCUAGACAAAGUUUAGAAGAAGAUAUUGAUGUAUUUAUUCAUGUUUUGACUUAUGACCUGCAUAAUACAGCUUCAUUGUCUCAAAGCUGUGCAUGUGAUUGUGUGUAAGUGUGUGUGUGUAUAGAUACAUGUGUGUGACAGAAACGGAGAGAACAGAAAGAACAGAGAAGGAAAGAUUGCUUUAGACAAACAUUCUAAGGAGCCAGAGGGCUCACAGCAGCUAAUCUCCCUCAUGCUUUCCUGACCCCACCCCCUUCCUUCUCAUCAUAACUUGUGAUCUUAGAAGCAUGAAAGAAUUUGAGCCCCUCCCCCAGCUUGACCGUCUCCGUUGGCAGUUCAGUCAGGCUCCAUGUCAAAUCCGGCUUGGGGCAGAAACCUGAGGGCCACACAGAAGGUGGUGGGCUUGCAGGCAGUUUCCUCACCCCGUGGCCAUGGGCGGCAACAUCGGGCAGCUUGGCAGUCGCACCUACGAGUCCCUAGCUGACGAUGAGCCCUUGGACCCUGAGGAACCCCCCAAAAGACCCACGGGCAAUCUCAUCAUGCACAGCAUGGCCAUGCUUGGCCGGGAGUUUUGCUACGCAGUGGAGGCGGCCUACGUGACCCCAGUCCUGCUCAGCGUGGGGCUGCCCAAGAGUCUGUACAGCAUGGUGUGGCUCCUCAGCCCCAUCCUGGGAUUUCUGCUGCAACCCGUGGUGGGAUCAGCCAGCGACCACUGCCGGACCAGGUGGGGCCGGCGGAGACCAUACAUCCUCACCCUGGUCAUCAUGAUGCUCUUGGGCAUGACUCUGUACCUCAACGGGGACGCUGUGGUAGCAGCUUUGAUUGCUGAUCCAAGGAGGAGGCUGAUUUGGGCCAUAACCAUCACCAUGAUAGGUGUAGUUCUCUUUGAUUUUGCUGCUGACUUCAUUGAUGGGCCCAUUAAAGCCUACUUAUUUGAUGUCUGUUCCUAUGAGGAUAAGGAGAGGGGCCUCCACUACCAUGCCCUCUUCACGGGUUUUGGAGGUACGCUGGGUUACCUUUUGGGUGCCAUCGACUGGGCCCAUCUGGAGCUAGGAAGAGUGCUGGGCACAGAAUUCCAGGUCAUGUUCUUCUUCUCCGCCUUGGUGCUCACUUUGUGUUUUACUAUCCAUCUCUGUAGUAUCCCUGAAGCCCCACUUAAAGAUGUUAUAAAGGACAUUUCCCCACAGCAAGCCCCCCAGGACUUUCCAUUGUCACCAGACAAAAUGUACCAGUAUGGGUCUAUUGAGAAACCUAAAAAUGGUUAUGUAAACCCGGAGCUGGCAAUGCAUGGGGAAAAACCCCCAAAUCCUGCUGAACAGACUAGGAAGGCAAUGACCAUGAAAUCACUGCUGAGGGAGCUGGUGAAUAUGCCUCCCCACUACCGCUGUCUUUGCAUCAGCCACCUCUUUGGAUGGACUGCCUUCCUGUCUAACAUGCUCUUCUUCACAGAUUUCAUGGGCCAGAUUGUGUACCAUGGAGAUCCCUAUGCUGCACACAACUCCACAGAGUUUCUCAUCUACGAAAGAGGGGUCGAGGUUGGAUGUUGGGGCUUGUGCAUCAAUUCCAUGUUCUCCUCACUUUAUUCCUACUUUCAGAAAUCUUUGGUAUCCUACAUUGGAUUAAAGGGUCUUUACUUCAUGGGGUAUUUGCUAUUUGGCCUGGGGACAGGAUUUAUUGGACUUUUCCCGAAUGUCUACUCCACCCUGGCUCUGUGUACCUCGUUUGGUGUGAUGUCCAGCACUCUGUACACUGUGCCCUUUAACCUCAUUGCCAAGUACCACCGCGAGGAGCAAGAAGAGAAGAGACAGCAGGCCCCGGGAGGGAGUCUGGACGGCAGUGAGAGAGGGCAGGGCCUGGACUGCGCAGUCCUCACCUGCAUGGUGCAGCUGGCUCAGAUCCUGGUUGGAGGUGCCCUGGGCUUCCUGGUCAACAAGGCUGGGAGCGUCAUUGUGGUAAUCACAGCCUCUGUGGUGGCCAUGAUCGGCUGCUGUUUUGUGGCUCUCUUCGUAAGAUAUGUGGAUUAGGUCAAUAGGGAGACAUCAUCCCUAACCUCCAACACAGUGAAGGACAUGGUAGGAAAUCAGUCUGUCCUCUGGCUCCGCAGCUUUGGGGUCUGCCCAUUGGCUGCCCUGCGUUAUGACUUCAGCUACAGUGAUCUGCCUGCACGUCACUUUCUGCCAACCCUCUGCACGGCAGUUUCCUUAUUUUAGGCAUCAUCUAUCUCGGGAAAGACUGGGCUCUGCCUCCAUUCACCGGUGGCAAAGGUCAAUUGUGGGAGAUGGCGCCUCCAUGUGCCUUCCUACUGCAUCUCAAGACAUUCCGGGCCUUGACAAAAUGCCAGAAGCUGACUAGUUUUACACAGGACAAUGGUGUUUAUUAUAUCGUGUGUUGUUUUUUUCUUAACCAGAGGUCUAUAUUUAAUCGGAGGGUCAUACUUUUCAUUAUUUCACCAAUACUCAAAAUAUUGCUGAUGAUUUAUGAUAUUAGCUUACUCAUAUUUAAUUCAUAUUUAAUUUACUCAUACAGACAGUCCCUGGCUUACAAUACAAUGCUUCAAAUUACAAUUCUUCUUCCUCUUCUCCUUCUCCUUCUCCUUCAUCUUCUUUUACUUAACGAUAGUUGGAAAGCAGUGCACAUUCAGUAGAAAUCAUACCUCAGAUUGUGAAUUUUGAUCUUUUCUGGGUGAUACAUGCCCUUGUGAUGCUGGGCAGCGGCAGCCACAGCUCCCAGUCAGUCUCACCAUCCCGAGGGUGAACAACUGGUCCACUGACCACCAUUCUGUCUCCAUACAGCUCCACUGGUUUUGUUUCUGGUUUCCAUUUUCAGUAUGGUAUUCAGUAAAUUACAUGAGAUAGUCAACACUCAAAACCACUCCAUCUUCCUUCCUCCAUCUCCCUCUCAUGUUAUCCAUCGUAGAGUGGCGAGGUCAUGACUGACUCAGAGGAGUGAUCAGGGAGAAACCUGCUCUCUAGCCUAUACUGUGGGAUGAUGAUGAGCAAAUGCUCAGAGGACCCCAUGUGACCCAGAACCCUGUGUU